AUGAAUAACGAAAGCUGCGGGGGCAGCGUCAACAAAAAAGACGAAUGUACACAGACGAUCGCGAUGCGUCAGCGCAAUGCACUCCUGUCGGUUUUGUCGUACGCGGUCGACGUAUGCAGCGCGUGUGGUCACGACAUUUCCCCCAUAACAAUGAGUGAUAGUGCAGCCGUCUCUUUCACGUUGGACCUUGUCGUGCUGUUGCACCGGCCAGGUUCAAUAUCCCAGACCUUGGGCCAAUCAGAGUACUACCAACGCGCAGUUGAAACUAGUUAUUUGAUAGCGAUUACAGUGAUGCUAGGGCGAAGGGCUGAAGACGAAAUCAGCUUAGCAAAUUCAAAGAAAGUCUUAUGUUUCAUACUGAAUCUUAAAUCUUCUCCGGUGACGAGCAGAGAACGGAAAACGUGUACUAAAAGUGCAAAUUUUGAUUUGGAAACAACGGAGGCAAUCGUCGCACAAGAAUACCCGCGGAAUGCAAAACGGAAUCUCGCUCGGUCUUUGUUGCGGAUUCCCAGACGUCGGCGACGGAGAGGUCCGAUGAUUUAUUUCCUUACAAGAUAUACGAAGUGCAGAGGUUGUGAAAUUGCGUGCGAGUUGCGACCGCAAGACAUCCGGCGGACAAUGCGUAUGCGCAGACCGGACGAAAGCUCGCCGGAUGCACGUAAUACUCAACUUAGAUCGACCUCUGUUUAUACAUUUAUUGGUUAG